GCCGGCGCCGGGCGCGCCCCUCCCCCCACCCCGGGACCCGCCGCGGGAGGACGACGGCGACGACGACCGCCCCCCCUCACAGGUCAGCAACUCCCUGGACUCCGUCAUCGACAUCGAGACCCGGCUAAGAAUGGAAGGCGUGGAACUGAAGGAAGAGUGGCAAGAUGAAGACUUCCCAAAGCCACUACCAGAAGAUGACAGCAUCGAUGCAGAUACACUCAGUGCAACUGGACAAGAAAGCGAGCCUGUUCCUUGUCCGUUAGAAGUGAAUGGAAAUAAAGUAAGGAAAAAACUAAUGGCUCCGGAUAUCAGCUUAACACUGGAUCAUAGCGAUGGUUCGAUUUUGUCAGAUGACCUGGACGAGAGUGGGGAGAUUGACUUGGAUGGUUUGGAUACGCCAUCUGAGAACAGUAAUGAGUUUGAAUGGGAAGAUGACCUUCCUAAGCCCAAAACUACUGAAGUAAUUAGGAAAGGCUCAAUCGGCGAAUAUACCGCAACAGAGGAAAAAGAAGACGGAAGACGUUGGCGUAUGUUCAGGAUUGGCGAUCAGGAUCACCGAGUUGACAUGAAGGCCAUCGAGCCCUAUAAAAAAGUUAUCAGCCAUGGGGGUUAUUAUGGAGAUGGUUUAAAUGCCAUCGUUGUGUUUGCUGUUUGUUUUAUGCCCGAAAGUGGUCAGCCCAACUAUCGAUAUCUAAUGGACAAUCUUUUUAAGUACGUCAUUGGCACUUUGGAACUGUUAGUAGCAGAGAAUUAUAUGAUAGUUUAUUUAAAUGGAGCUACUUCGCGGAGAAAAAUGCCAAGUCUGGGUUGGCUCAGGAAAUGCUAUCAGCAGAUUGACAGAAGGCUAAGGAAAAACCUGAAAUCUCUAAUCAUAGUUCAUCCUUCUUGGUUUAUCAGAACACUUCUAGCAAUCACAAGACCUUUUAUUAGCUCAAAAUUCAGCCAAAAAAUUAGAUACGUCUUUAACCUGGCAGAACUAGCCGAACUUGUCCCCAUGGAAUACGUUGGCAUACCAGAAUGCAUAAAACAGUAUGAAGAGGAAAAGUUUAGAAAGAAACACAAAAGCAGAGUUGACCAGGAUCUUAACGGAAAACAGGAAGAGCGGAAGAGUGAACAGUAGGCUCGGAGUCCAAAGAAAAGACUGAAGAAUGUGCAGAUGGAAUAAUGCCCUUUUGCGUUCACAGUGCAUUUAUUAGCCCCUAAUUUUAUGUAACUUUUAUUACCCCCCCCCACCAUGGACUUAUAUACAAAGAACUGUUUACCGCUGUCUCGGUUUGCAAAUCCCUCGGAUUUAACUCUGUAAUAGCUACUUAAAUAUUGUAUUGUAAUCGUUUUAUAUAUUGCUAAAUGUCAAAGAACCACACUUUUUUUUAUGAGGCAUUCUUUCAGUUGUUAUCUAAAUGGUGCAUGUUCUUCAGUAAAAUAUUUAUAUGCAUAAAUGGUAAAGGAAAGAGAUAAUAUAUAUUUUUAUGACUUUUUGAGCAAUAUUUUAUUGUACUCGGCACCUGCAUGGUGGAUGAAUUAUGUAGGUGAAUAAGGCCAUAUAAAUGACGGAAGUCACUGUUUUGUAAAAAUGCACGGUGGAAUAUUUCUGUGUGUAAAUGGUUUAAACACAUUUCUUUGCUUUUGAACAUCGAGAGCCACUCCGCUUAGUUGUCACAGGCACGCGUGCAUAUCCUUAUGUGUCUAAUACCGUGAGACUGCUUUAUUCUGACACGUGGAGCUUUCCCUUCUGUUUUUAAUGGGGAAAAAAAUCCUCACGGUCCUAACAGAUUUCCAUUUUUUAAAGGAUAAAUCAAAGCCAUUUUAGGAACUGGGUCCUCGAGAAGAUAUGGGGAAUUGGGUCGCGUGCGUGUGGAUGUGUGUAAGGACAUCCCUUCACUUUCUGACCACAGAUCAGACCUUGUGGUCGUCUGUUACUGAACAGUUGAUGUUCAGUUUUGCCACCGAUGCAAACAAAGCUUUUGGAUGGGUGUAAAAAGUCGGGAAAAUGAGGCGAGUUGUGCAAUGUGAGAAUCCCUGUAUUAAAAAACCAGGGUUUCUGUUUUCAGCGCCCGGCAUGGGGUGUCCUCCGUAAACGUUCAUUUCCCUGUCAGUUUGUGUAGAAGUGCUUGACGUUUAGUAACGACAAACUUUAGUUCUGUGUUGGUGUUCAUGUUUGGCACUAAAAAACAAGGUGCAUGGCAAAUCAUCUGUGCUGCUGUGGGUGAACCGUUUGAAGAUGGGUAAAUGGGCUAAAUUGGUGUUUUCUCUGCUAGGACAAAUAGUACAGGUGGGUGAAUAUGUCCGAAAACGUCAAAUUUGGCCGUUCGGUUCUUGAGUAACCAAAGCGGAGGGGGAGUGCUGAUAAAGUCCUGAACUUAAUAUUAAAUUCAUCCAACUACUUUAACCGCUCUAAAGGGUAUUUCGGAAAGCUCAGUUUUCCCACCUCUCACCUCCUCUGUGCCCUGGUUCGGAUUUGAAACCGUUAAUAUAUUUCUUACUAUUAAACGUUUGGAAGCCUCCAAGACGUCCGUGUUUUGAAUGACGCGACUUGCGUCCGCAGAAAAUGACCUGCUGCUGGUAAUGAACAGCAUCCUGUAGAAAAUUCAGAGCUGCCUCAAUAGCCUGUGACGGAGACCGUCUCUCAAACUUGUCUCUUCUAAGAAUGGAAUUCAGACCUAAUGAUACUUCAUUUUGAUUGCAGGGCAGGAGGAUUUAUUUAAGCAGACUGUGCCGGGUCACAAAGUCACCGGCUUCUCUCAAGCGCC